UCGGCUGGAAUUUUUCUUUCUGCCUGGUCCCGACGUCGGCGCAAAAGGCUUGCAAGAUGCACUUUGGCGACGGCGCCGUGGUGUCCGGCGCCGGAGUUGUGACGACGCCGAUCGUCACUAAAAACACAGGCACAUUCUACCACUUGACGUUGGUGGGGAUGAGCGUUGGAAGCCAAAGGUUCGAUUCGGAUUCAUCGAAGAAAUCGGUACUAGAAGGGAACAUCGUGAUCGACUCGGGGACGACGCUGACGUUCCUCCCGAGGGAUCUGUACGGUAAAGUCGAGGCGGCGUUGAAGCAGCAGGUGAGUUCAGGUAUGUACGGUGAUAUCGGUGUUGGGGCUGGGGUUCCACGUGGUGCUGAAUUGGGUGCUGAUCACGAGGCUCGGGAUGGGGCUGGCGGGGGCGGCGAUUGCGGAGAAUGUGUCGUGGUGGGUGGUGGUGUUGGCGCAGGUUGGUUAUGUGUUGUGCGGUUGUUUUAAGAAGUCGUGGACCGGGUUUUCGGUGGCGGCGUUUAAGUCGCUGCUGGGGUUUGUUAAGCUGUCGCUGGCCUCGGCUGUUAUGUUGUGCUUGGAAUUGUGGUAUUACACCAUUGUCAUUCUGAUGCUAUAUGGUUCAACCCCAGAUGUCACAAUGAAUGAGUUCAAAACAUGAAGUGGUUUGUAUGCUACUGAUAGGAAAUGGAAGCCUAGUCAAUUUGGC